GCGCCGCUGCGCGUGACGUCACGCGCGGUAUAAGACCGGCGCACGGCCGCGCCGGAGGCCAGACUCAGUUCGAAGGAGCACCGUUACCCGGCUUCCUUGAACGACUAGCGGCUCUCCGCGACUCCACUUCGUCUCUCUUCGGCGACCGCGACUCCACCAGCAACCAUGCGCGAGUGCAUCUCCAUCCACGUGGGCCAGGCCGGCGUGCAGAUCGGCAACGCCUGCUGGGAGCUGUACUGCCUGGAGCACGGCAUCCAGCCCGACGGCCAGAUGCCCUCCGACAAGACCCUGGGCGGCGGCGACGACAGCUUCACCACCUUCUUCAACGAGACCGGCACGGGCAAGCACGUGCCGCGCGCGGUCUUCGUGGACCUGGAGCCCACCGUCGUGGACGAGGUGCGCACCGGCACGUACCGCCAGCUCUUCCACCCGGAGCAGCUGAUCACGGGCAAGGAGGAUGCCGCCAACAACUACGCUCGAGGCCACUACACCAUCGGCAAGGAGAUCGUGGACCUGGUGCUGGACCGCGUGCGCAAGCUGGCCGACCAGUGCACCGGGCUGCAGGGCUUCCUCAUCUUCCACUCGUUCGGCGGCGGCACCGGCUCCGGCUUCACCUCGCUGCUCAUGGAGCGCCUGUCCGUCGACUACGGCAAGAAGAGCAAGCUGGAGUUCGCCAUCUACCCGGCCCCGCAGGUGUCGACGGCGGUGGUCGAGCCCUACAACUCCAUCCUCACCACCCACACCACGCUCGAGCACUCGGACUGCGCCUUCAUGGUGGACAACGAGGCCAUCUACGACAUCUGCCGCCGCAACCUGGACAUCGAGCGGCCCACCUACACCAACCUGAACCGCCUGAUCGGCCAGAUCGUGUCGUCCAUCACGGCGUCGCUGCGCUUCGACGGCGCGCUCAACGUGGACCUGACCGAGUUCCAGACCAACCUGGUGCCCUACCCGCGCAUCCACUUCCCGCUGGUCACCUACGCGCCGGUCAUCUCCUCGGAGAAGGCCUACCACGAGCAGCUGUCCGUGGCGGAGAUCACCAACGCGUGCUUCGAGCCGGCCAACCAGAUGGUGAAGUGCGACCCGCGGCACGGCAAGUACAUGGCCUGCUGCAUGCUGUACCGCGGCGACGUGGUGCCCAAGGACGUGAACGCUGCCAUCGCCACCAUCAAGACCAAGAGGACCAUCCAGUUCGUGGACUGGUGCCCCACCGGCUUCAAGGUCGGCAUCAACUACCAGCCGCCCACCAUCGUGCCCGGCGGAGACCUCGCCAAGGUGCACCGCGCCGUCUGCAUGCUGUCCAACACGACGGCCAUCGCCGAGGCGUGGGCGCGCCUGGACCACAAGUUCGACCUGAUGUACGCGAAGCGCGCCUUCGUGCACUGGUACGUGGGCGAGGGCAUGGAGGAGGGGGAGUUCAGCGAGGCGCGCGAGGACCUGGCCGCGCUGGAGAAGGACUACGAGGAGGUGGGCAUGGACUCCGUCAUCAACGAGGCCGAGGGCGAGGAGUACUAGCAGCGGCAAUAAACACUUGGUAGCACAGCUUUAA